AUGUGGACAACAGGCAUCGCGUGUCUGCUGAUUGCAAGCAGAGUAGCAGCACAAAAUGCCACUUUUGAAACGCCAGCAGGCACAAUCACCACCAUUUUGAGAGUCGACAAUGGAACCUUUGGACCCGCCGUGGAAGAGGUCCAUUACUACUACGAUCAGUUCCCAAUCGGUAUUGCAGCAGCGUCAGAUGGCCGCCUUUUUGCCUCUUAUACCCGUGGAGAUUACGUCUAUACUCUAGGAGUGAUCACGAACAAAACAGCAGAAGAGCCAUAUCCUUCUGCUGAACUCAACCUCCCGCCUGAUCAGCUCAACACCACCUGGAAUGGCAUUCCCUUCGGAUCUGGGAACGCUUCUGCAUUCAUUUCAGUGCAGGCUCUAUACAUUACUUCGCCAGGCGCUGGACGUCCAGAGACACUAUGGGCCCUCGAUACAGGUCGACCAACCGUACACAACGCGGCAGGAGAGCCUUCAAUGCCAUAUGCACAGCCUGGCGGCCCAAAGCUUGUGGCCAUAUCGCUACAGAACAACACAAUAUACCAGACCUACACCUUUCCUGCAGACGUGCAUUACCCAGACAGCUAUCUUAAUGAUCUUCGCUUCGACUUCAAUCCCAAUCUGUCAGGUACUUCCGGCAAAGGUAUCGCAUACCUAGUGGACAGUUCCAAUGAAGGCCGGCCAGGUUUCAUUAUGGUGGAUCUGGGGACCGGUGAAUCUUGGCGAAGACUGGACCAGGAUGGAUCUGUUCUACGUGGUUUGAAUGCGGUUCCCUCAUACUAUGGCGCACCAAAGUAUCUUGACAUGAAGGGCAUGGGAACCAAUUGGCAGAAAGAAGGUCUCGAUGGUAUCAAUCUCAGCGACGAUGGACAGAGGAUGUACUACUCUCCUCUGUCAACGAAUUACCUCUGGUCUAUUCCCACUGCCAACCUCCGCCUCAAGAUUUCUGAGUGUGCAUCUGCCGAGGUCUUCGCACACGCCAACGUUUCGAACCAUGGACAGCGAGGCGGGAACGCCAACGGCUUCGAAGGAGAUACAAACGGCUACAUUUAUCAGCUCAUGCCUGAGCAGAAUGCGGUCUACUACUUUGAUCCAACGGACGGAUUGACCAAACCUUUCGCCAGAGAUCCGAGAAUCAUAUGGCCUGAUGGCGGGUCUGUUUCAACGUCUGGCUAUCUGUAUUUGAACAUCAACCAGUUGCCAUUUCAGCCUGACUGGAACAAUGGAACGGACUUGAGAUUGCACCCAGGAGCAAUUUUGAGAGUGAAGUUGCCGAAUGGUGGAAAAAAGGUUACGUCUUUGUACGACUAUUGA